AUGGAUGACAGCGGACCUCUGUACAAUGUGCGCAUGAAGCGCGGCCAAGGCUAUAAUUCCUACAUCCAAGAAGUGCGCAUCGACAAUGCCGUCACAAUCACGCGGUUUCCAGAGAACCCAGUGCGGACGAGCGCCUCGAUCAGCGAAGCCGACACCCUGUCGCCUGAGCACACGAGAAGUGAUUCGGUGUCGAAAGCUGCGCCGGCGUCGGCACCGAAACCACCUCUCGAAAUGAAUGACAUCCUGGCGACGUUGACCGAGAGCUUGAAGAAAACCAGUGCCCCCGAAAGUCCACAGCCGCCGAAACUGCCGUACCUGCUCAAACUCGAUCCCAACGCUCGGCAUAACCAGACCGUGACCUUUUCGUCGAAACAGGUCAAGAGCAUUGUGGAGAUGAACAAUGCCAUGGGCUUUAAUGCUUCAGCCGCGAUCAAAGCUACCAGCUUGGGUCCUGGAGCAGAGGCUCGAAGCAGCCUUGCCACUCGGGACGACCUCAAUACCAACGACGUCAACUUCCUCGUCCACGUCAAGGUCGUCAAUGAGGCCGACGAUCGCAAGGAAGAAUGGUCGUUCAACGAGGUCCCCGGACUGAAUGAAGCGCUCGGAGACGACAAGGAGCCAGGCGUAAUGAAGGAUGCACAUUCCAGAAGCGUCGAAUUCACCCGCAUCUACGGCGACUGCUUCAUCUCCGACUUCGUCGAGGGAGGCGAGAUCUACGCCUGGGUUGGCAUCAAGUCGCAGGACCGCAAGAACUCUCGACAACUGGCCGUCCAUGCGUCGGCGCAGUUGACCCCCAUGGGUCUCCCCGUGCAAGCUUCGGGGGAAAUGGAUGCUUCGCAGGAACGCAAUCGGCUGUUUUCUCAAGCCACGACCUCGAUCCGCAUCCAGUGGCGCGGCGGCGGCCAGAUCAAGAACCACGACUUCCCUUGGGGCAUGGACAGUCUGAUCCUGAUCGCCAAUGCGUUUCCGUCGAUGGUGGCGGCGAAACCCGCAAAGAUCCGCGCCGUCUUGACCCCGUACACGGCCCUGAAGAGUUUCCACGAUCACAGGCUGUCGAAUCCGCGGAUCCCGUUGCCGCUGACCUAUGACCACUGUGCCAUCUACACCAGCACGCUGUAUGAAGACUUCAUGGCGUUUCAAGACUUGUGUGAGAAGCUAAACGCCAUGAUCAAGGACCCCCAGGACUUUCGGAACCGUGACGACGACAAAGCCUCAAAGGAUAUUCAAAAGGCGGCUCUGCAGAGUGGAGAUGCGAUCGCGACGACACGGCGACCUACCAUCGACUUUGGCACGUCGGAGAUGGAUGACCCGACGUCAGAGGCCUGGACAGACAAGAAGACCCGGGCACUGAUGAACCUCGAUGUCAUCCUCCGAGAUCCAACACCCAAGCUCACCAGCAUGGACCCGGACCCGCAGAAGCUCAGCAUGAUGAGACUGCUGUGUCGCUCUUCGAUGAUCUACAUCCAGGAGCAGGCCGCGGGGCUCGUGGUCGAUCCCGCGAGGUCAAUCACCAAACACGACGACCAAGGCCGGCACGUGUACAGCCUCCCAAAGUACAUUUGCCCCGGCGUCAUUCAGAGUAUAUUGCCCAUCCCCAAAUUUGACAACAGUGGAAGCGAGUGGCGAGACAAGGAAAUCGCCGACUUACAAGGCGUCGAGCAUGUCAGGAACGACCCAUUGAAUUACUCGUGGGAUGUGAUCGGAGAGCCCCUAUCUCCGUAUAAGAGUCAUGAGCAUUUCGCCAUUGGAAAUUUCGACCUCGACGACGAAGAGUACCCCCAGCGAGUCGCCGUACAGCCGUUUACCGCCGGGUGGUAUCACAGCCGGCGUAUCCGGGACAGUCACAACGCCAUCAGCGGCAUCGGACUCGGGUACGCGAACAAAAAGGCAAUUUGCCACCGCAACUGCAAAUCCGUCGAGGCAGAGGAGUCCGGGGGCGUCAGGAACGCCAGCGCAGAAGAACGAGCGACCAUGUUCGCCAACAUGUACGUCGGGUGCAAGCCUGCGGGGGACCGCUGGAAACAGAUCGAAGACCGCAGCCUCAGUGCCUCUUCCAUCAACCGCGUCAAUGUCUACUACCGUCCCGGCGCCAACCGCAUUGCCGGCAUCGAGCUCCUAUCUGACCCCAACCCCGCCGAUUUCAACGACGACUCGAAACGCGUGACGCCCGUGUUCAUCCACAAAGCGUGGGACCCCGACGCGACCGCACAGAGCAGCGUGACAGCGAAACUGCCGGAUAAGAUGGACAUGCAGGCGCUGUACCCGGGGGACAAUGUCCUGGACGAGAACAUGGACAAGAACUGGAUGUUUGCCGGAUUUAUGGGCGCGUUUGAAAAGGUCGGGCCUCCGGGCAUGGGGCGGUUCAAGACCGGCAGGGUUUUGGUCAAGGUUGCGGUCGUGUGGAAGAAGAGGCCCGGUGUUUCAUAA